GUGGUUGACAUAAUUCGUGUAAAUGUAGACAAGGUGCUGGAACGAGACCAGAAACUGUUAGAGCUCGAUGACCAGGCAGAUGCACUUCAGGCCAGCGCUUCAGUAUUUGAAAGAAGCGCAGCAGAACUCAAAAGGAAGUACUGGUGGAAGAACUGCAAGAUGAUGAUCAUGAUGGGAGUGAUUUGUGCCAUUGUGGCGAUGGUGAUUGUAAAUGACUUGCUGUCUGAACACGGCCAUUUCAAUUAUUAUAAAGGAGAGCCUACAUGA